AUGCCUCCAAAGCCCGCGUCCGCCGUCGCCUCAAAGGCCCCUGCCUCUACCGCUGGAAAGGCCCCCGCCAAGUCUGUCGAGGGUACAAAGGCUGCAAAGAAGACCGCGAAGAAGGCUGCGCCAGGCGGUGACGACAAGAAGAAGAGGAAGCGCUCCCGCAAGGAGACCUACUCGUCGUACAUUUACAAGGUCUUGAAGCAGGUUCACCCCGAUACUGGUAUCUCCAACAAGGCCAUGGCCAUUCUCAACUCUUUCGUCAACGAUAUCUUUGAGCGCAUUGCCAGCGAAGCUUCCAGACUCGCAUCGUACUCGAAGAAGUCGACCAUUUCCUCACGUGAGAUUCAGACUUCUGUUCGUCUCAUCCUGCCAGGAGAAUUGUCCAAGCACGCCAUCUCCGAGGGAACCAAGUCGGUCACCAAGUUCUCGUCUGCCGGCAAGUAG